AGGAGCUGGGGGUGCCGGGGUCCCCCCCAGCGCUGGAGGAGGACGAGGCAGAGCAGGAGCUGCAGCAGCAGCUGGAGAGGGGGCGGCGCCUGCGGCAGCUCCGGGAGCUGCGAGAGGGGGGGGGAGAGAAGGUGCUGGAGCUGCUCCGGGGGUCCGGGGGGGCAGUGGGGCCGGACCCUCGGGGUGGGGGGAGCAUCGUCUUCAACGCGACAUCGGAAUUCUGCCGGACCCUGGGAGAGAUCCCAACCUACGGCCUGGCCGGGAACAGGGAGGAGCAGGAGGAGCUCAUGGCUCUGGAACGUUCCGGGCGUCCGUCGUCGCCCCCCGAAGCCCCCGACUCGGAGGGGGAGGAGAACGUGGGGUGGAGCAGCGUCAACCUGGCGGAGGAGAGGCAGCAGCAGGAUUUCUCGGCCGCCUCCACGACGAUCCUGGACGAGGAGCCCAUCGUGAACCGGGGCCUGGCCGCUGCCCUGCUGCUCUGCCAGAACAAGGGUCAGGCCUGGGGGGGAUUUGGGG